AUGAAACACGGUGUAUUUCUGCCAGGUGUUAGUUGUGAUUCACAGAUCCCGGAGCAGAUCCCGAAGCAGAUCCCAGAGCAGAUCCCGGAGCAGAUCCCGGAGCAGAUCCCAGAGCAGAUCCUGGAGCAGAUCCUGGAGCAGAUCCCAGAGCAGAUCCUAGAGCAGGUCCCAGAGCAGAUCCCGGAGCAAAUCCCAGAGCAGAUCCCGGAGCAGAUCCCGGAGCAGAUCCCGGAGCAGAUCCUGGAGCAGAUCCUGGAGCAGAUCCCAGAGCAGAUCCUAGAGCAGAUCCCAGAGCAGAUCCCGGAGCAAAUCCCAGAGCAGAUCCCGGAGCAGAUCCUGGAGCAGAUCCCGGAGCAGAUCCUGGAGCAGAUCCUGGAGCAGAUCCCGGAGCAGAUCCAGGAGCAGAUCCCAGAGCAGAUCCUGGAGCAGAUCCCAGAGCAGAUCCUGGAGCAGAUCCCAGAGCAGAUCCCAGAGCAGAUCCUGGAGCAGAUCCAAGAGCAGAUCCUGGAGCAGAUCCCAGAGCAGAUCCUGGAGCAGAUCCCGGAGCAGAUCCCAGAGCAGUCCUGGAGCAGAUCCCAGAGCAGAUCCCAGAGCAGUCCUGGAGCAGAUCCCGGAGCAGAUCCCAGAGCAGACCCUGGAGCAGAUCCCAGAGCAGAUCCUGGAGCAGAUCCCAGAGCAGUCCUGGAGCAGAUCCCGGAGCAGAUCCCGGAGCAGAUCCUGGAGCAGAUCCCAGAGCAGAUCCUGGAGCAGAUCCCAGAGCAGCCCUGGAGCAGAUCCCGGAGCAGAUCCCGGAGCAGAUCCUGGAAUAGAUCCCAGAGCAGUCCUGGAGCAGGUUCCAGAGCUAAUCCCGGAGCAGAUCCACUCUCAGUGAGAGCACUGCUCAUGCUCACUUAUGCAACUCUUUCUCCAAAAGGGGCCAGUUACCUGCGAACAGGAAGGUGA